AUCAUCUAUGUUACCACGUACCAAAAAUGAAUCUCGAUCUCUCCCUCUCUUGAUUUCUCUUGUAUGGAAGAUAAAGAAGAGAAUGUUUGUUAUUAGAAGACGUGGUUGUGGAUGCUUAUGGCCACUUUGCAUUCUAAGUGGGCAGAGCAAGAACGGAGAUGGAUGGGAUCUACUAGAUCAAUAAUCAAACACAUGCAAAAGAAAUUGAUAAUGCACUCCUCUCUGCACCGAGCUGGGCAGCGUGCGACGAAGAAGAGGGAUGUGGAUGGGAUGAAACCCGAUCGGGUUUAAUCCAAUUAAUUGGGCAGGAAGGGAGGAAACAGAGACCGGCGAAGGCAGAUCGACGGCGAGGCGAGGUCGGUUGCAACGGAGCAAGGAGAGAGGCCGAUGGUCGCGAUGCAAGAGGAAGCGUCGAGUGGUCGGCCGGCGAUGGUGGUCGCCAUGCAGGAGCGUCGAGCGGUCGACGAUAUAUGGCGGUCCGUCGAGCAAGGACCAGAGACGUCCGGGCGGUGGUUUCCGUCCUCAAACCCGAUCGGGUUUCGUCCGCCGCCCGCGCCUCCAUGAAAGGGUGUAGGCUUCCCCAGAGGCCUAAGAGGAGGGCCGAGAUUGUCCAGAAAACCUUGCUUUUGGUGAGCCCAGGGACAUGGUUAAAUGAUCUUUCCCUGGAGAGGUAUGAGGUGAGGGAGAAGAAGGCUUCGAGGAAGAGGCCUAGAGGGUUGAAGGCUAUGGGAAGCAUGGACAGUGGUGAUUCAGAUUGUGAGAGAGAGACAGAGGCUAGAUUUUCCUUUGCCACCAUGGAGAGUUUGUGGAAGGGAGAAAUAAAUAAUUUUAUUGCAGGACCAAGAUCAUCCUCGUUGAAUUAACCAAUGAGUUUAAUUAUUUCAUUUUGAUGCACAUCGGUUUGCUUUCUUGUGUAAUAGGUUAUCAGGUGAGCUGCAGAUCGGUCGGUGUGUCGGAGCCUCAGUUCGUCGUCGGCUCCGUCGUCCUCACCCUUCUCGUCGUCGGCGACAGCAAGGAGGCGCCAUAUAUAUGGCUGCCUCUGUACAAAUUUACCCAUUUGGAGAGACCCAUUCCAUCACUCACUUUUCUUAAAUGCGUGCGUGAUUGUACGAGUGGUGCUGGCUGAAAAAUGAGGUGCAUGACGGGUCAAAAAUCCUGAUUUAAGAGGUAUAAUAGUUCUCUUGUUAUAACUUGACGGGCACGAUACAGGGAAAUGGAUGUGUUUUUAACCAUCUAUAUAUUGGGGAGGUGCAUUUUCCUGAUGGUGACGCCUCGUGGGAUGAUACCAGGUUCCAUCAUUUAAGAUGAAUUUACACUAAAUGUUUUGGUCAGGUUCCAUCAUUGUCGUUGAGAAGUGAUGGGGUUUAGGGUCUUGGUUUGAACCUUUUUUCUUUUUUAAUUAAGAAUAAAAAAAUUAUGCAUGAAAAUAAUGCAUUCUCUUCCAGACUCUUUUAAAGCAAGGCGAGUGACUGGUACAGGUAGACCUUUUUCGAUUUUGUAGAAUUGCCAUCUUCUUUUUUAAUUUUACUAAAUGUGAACCAGCCUCUAAACUCAUGCUUUUGAUGCUUCCCGUCGCAACCCAGUUCUGUGUUGAUAAUGUAUUCAAAACUAAGUUUUGGUGCAUGCAUGGUUUGAGGAAAGACACUCCUCCGUCCCCUCCCCCGUCCCCUCCCCCUUGAAGAAAUGGAAGCUUGCUUGAUGAUGAUAAUCAUGGCCACAGAAAUGGUCUUUGAAUCCGCGGAUUACACUGUUAAAGAAUAAACCAUGGCAAUCUGGCAACACAUUUCGCACUUUAAACGAAACAUAUAUGGGUGCACCUCAAGUUGGUAUGUUUGAAAUUAUGAUCUGAUAUAUGGAAUUUCCACCCUGAAAGAGAAUAGCAAUUUGCGCAAUCUGAAAACAGUAGACUAACCUUGAAGCUAGGAUCAUUCACUUCUAAAUACAACACAAUUCUAACUCUCUGUAUUCCUUUUUGACUCCUUUCUCCUUGCCUUCUAUUCUCCUUGUUUGAAUGGGAAUCAGCUAUGUAUAUAUAUAAUCUAUUAGUCGUUUUCCAACAUUCAAAAAAGAGCCAAGAAUUAGCAUCUCUUCAACAUACAAAAGGGAGGAUAUCCGAAUUCCUUGAUACUAUUGAACCCACAAAUUCAAUGCUAGAAACAAGCACUACAAACAGAACAAACAUCAACCAGUUGACGACCUUCUCCUUUUCCCAACUUAUAUUUAUCCACAUAACUGGAGUAAGGGGGGGGCUCUCAAACGCAGCCAUGUUACUAGUUUUCAUCCUCUGGGGCAUGCUUUUCCCAUCUUCUUCUUUCAGCUGUAUGGAGCCCUUCAACGUUUCGUUCCCAUCUUUUGAUUCCGGCAGCUGCAGCAAAACCGGCAACUUGAUCUGCAUGGGAUCAGUUUCAGUGGGCAAUGGAAGUUUGAGCAUCACACCACCUGAUCCAAGCACACCAGUUAACCAGAUUGGAAGAGUUUUAUACCAUGUCCCUGUCCUUGCUUGGCCGGCAUAUAUCUGCACCACCUUCACCAUUAGGAUCCUGGUCGAACAUAAUGCAUCGAUAUCUGGUGAUGGAAUGGCAUUCGUUUUGGCACAGGAUAGUAAUCCCUCACCAUCAAAGAGCUUCGGAUCCUACAUGGGAAUCUUUGAUCAGUCGACUCAAGGUGUCCUUCGUCAACUGGCUGUCGAGUUUGACACAUACAAGAAUGAAGACGAACCGGAUGCAAACCAUAUUGCAAUUGACACAGUCAGCAUAGAGGAACCAGUUGCUUUUAAGAGCCUCAACGGUACAGGCAUUCAACUCAAAAGUGGAAGGGAAAUUACUGUCAUGAUUGAAUACGAUGGAUGGAGCAAACGGCUGCAGAUCUAUGUGGCAUAUGCCGGGGAGCCCCUAGCGAGUUUUCUGAAUCAUACGAUGAAGUUGCAACACACUGUUCCGAGCAAUGUCUACAUGGGGUUCGCAGCAGCAACUGGAACUCUUCGAGAAACUCAUCAAAUCCUUUCAUGGAAUUUCACAACUGCCCGGUUGCCUAAAGAAUCUCUCGAGGAAAAGCCAAAGAUGUUUGGUGUAGUUUACAUCAUAAUUGGCGCGGUGCUGUUGCUUGCUGCAAUAGUUGCUACCCCCUUCAUCCUCACAGCUCGGAAGAGCAAAAUGGAGAGGAUAGCAAGAAAAGAUGAUAUUGAGGCACUAAUAGCAGUAGCCAAUGGCCCCAAACUGUUUUCUUAUCGACAACUUUCAGAGGCUACUCGCAACUUCAGGAAGGAAAAUCUUCUGGGAACUGGCGGUUUUGGAAGCGUUUACAAAGGCGUCAUAUCCAAAUCCAAUCCUCCUACCACCAUUGCAGUCAAGAAGAUUUCUUCAACAUCAAAACAAGGUGAGAAAGAGUACUUGGCUGAAAUUUGCACGAUUGGGCGCCUCAGGCACAAAAACAUAGUGCAGCUCCAAGGCUGGUGCCAUGACCGCGACCAGCUCCUCCUAGUCUAUGAAUACAUGCCAAAUGGCAGCCUUGACCGGUUCAUUGGCAAGGACGAAUUCCUUGACUGGCCAACCAGACACAAGGUACUGGUAGGAUUAGCGUCGGCUCUAGUCUACCUACACGAAGAGUGUGGCAACCCCGUUGUUCACAGAGACGUGAAGCCAAACAAUGUGAUGCUGGAUGGAGACUACAAUGCGCAUCUAGGCGAUUUCGGGCUGGCAAGAUUACUACUCCAAGACGCAGCCUCGGUCACAACCAUGAUAGCCGGGACUCCCGGCUACUUGGCCCCGGAAGUCAGCUUCACCGGGAGGGCCACACCCGAAUCGGAUGUGUACAGCUUUGGAAUGGUGGUGCUGGAACUGGUGUGUGGGAAAAGAUCAAGAGGGAUCAUGGAAGAAAACAGCCUGGUGGACAGUGUGUGGGAUUUGCAGGAAACAGGGGCAUUGCUGAACUGUGCGGACAAACAGCUGCAGGGCCAAAAUUAUGACGAGGAACAAGUGAAAAGGGCUUUGUUUGUGGGUCUGGCUUGUUUGCAUCCAGAUUUCAUGUUGAGGCCUAGGAUGAGGAAGGUGGUUCACAUCUUAAUGAACCCUGAUGAGCCUCUCAUGGAGCUGCCAGAGACUCGGCCGAGCUCCGUGCGGCUGUCCUUCCGGUCUUCUUUUGCCACCACGACGACCACCACUGAUCUUUGCUCCAAUUGCACCAACACUGGUUCUUGUGGAGGCUACACUGAGUCAUUGCCUGAUGAGACUGAAGCUAGGUUUGAGCUGUGACAGACAACGGAGUGGAGGACAAGCCCUGCAGCAGAUUAAUUAGUCGCAAUGGCACUGCAAGCUCCAAUCCAUCCUCUCCCUGGCUUCAGGCUUCAAACCUCAAACUUCAAACUUCAAAGCAAAUUUUUCUUCUCUUCCCUUCAAGUUUUAUACAAACUAUACUGUAAAUACUGCUCUUUCAUCAUGUUAGUUACAGUCAUUUGUGGAUUUUUAAGAUAUUGAUGGACAAGUACAACAAAAUACACGUAUUUGAAUGGAAGUUACC